AUGCAAAUGGAGGCAGAUACUAUUAAUAAAAAGUACAGGAGUGUUAAAGUAAGUUUAAAUCUGGAUGCGUCUUGCUAUAAUUCAUCUCUUGGUAAGCUGGAAGAAAACAGCACGGAAUUGAUAGAUGAAGUAAAACGUCUCCAAGAAGCAAGAGCAGGGGCACUUCACCUACGAGAUUACACAAAAAACAUUUUAGACACACAAGAAUCUUCAACAAUGAUUAUUAGCAAAGACAGGGAUAAAAUAAUAAUAUCUUACAGGAAAAAGGUUGAUGAUAGAAAGCUAGAAUUUGAUCGACUUGAACGAUCCAUAUAUCCUGCAGUUCAUUUAACAUCUCAAGACAAUUGUGAUAUAAAUAAAAAUAAAGAAAUAUAUGAUGAAAAAGUACCUGUACCUCUUGCAAUUACAUUAAAAAAAGCAAUCGAAAAUUUGCAAAAUGCUGCUGAAGUUACCGAAAAGAAGGAUGUAUUAAAUCAAUUUUUUAAACAACGUAGUUUAAAACAAAAGCUACAAAAUAUACGCUCUGAAACAGAACGUGAAAAAAUAUCAUUAGAGAAUAAAAGACAAGUUUUGUCCACUGAAGUAGAAGUGAAAAAGUUUGCUGAAGCAGAAGAUACUAAUCAAAGAAAUGAAGAACUCGUGAACAUUGUUGAAUUUGCUGCCAAUGAAAAAUUACGUCAAAAAAUAAUUAUGCUAAAAAAUAAAAAAGUUCAAGAUCUGACAAAAAGAAUUUUUGACAAAUUUAAAAAAUUAUACGCUAAAAUACCAGAUUGUUUAGUGUCGGAAGAUCAACAGUUUAACAGUUCUACAGAAUGUCUAAAUAUGCUAAAAAAUAGAAUUAUGAAGGAAAUAAAUAUGGCACCAACUGUUGAUUAUUUCUUAAGCGAAACAACUUUAUCCAAUAAGCAACAAAGUAUACCUGGGGAAAAUGUUUGUUUAAGAGAUAAACAAGGAGAACAUCGGCUGUUUCCUUUAUUUCACAAUACUCCAUCUUCAGCAGUUCCGCAAACGCAACUUUCAGAAGAUGAGGAUGAAAUUGGUUCAAGAGUUUUGUUAAAAAAGCAAGCACAAUUUUUGGUUGAUACUAAAAGCCGCAGAAAAGGUUUUACAUUUAAACGUUGAACAGUAAUAUAACACUUAUAUAAGUCAAUAUAUACAAUUCCCUUUCACUGUUAUGUGCUGUUUAUUUUUAUUACAUAAAAUAAUAGAAAAUAUUUCGAAAAAUUAGGAUUUGUGUAUAACAAUUAGUGUGUUAUAAAAUUAUAGAUUUCG